CAUUCCCCGAACUUAAAUAAUCGAGUUAUUAAUAAGCAAGCAAGAUGGACAACCUUCUACCAAACGAGCUUGAGGAAUUGAUCGUGUGUAGCUGCUGUCACUUGACAUUCAACGACACAGAUGCUCAACCGAAAUUAUUCUCGUGUCGACAUUAUUUCUGUCUGAAGUGUAUCAGUACAAUUCUUCUUAAAGGAAGGGAACUUUAUUGUAUUCAUUGUUGGAAGCGUACAGAACUUCCACAACCCGACAUGAAACCUGAGAGCCUUCCAACAUACAAUGCAAUCCUUUAUCUGUCGCAAAACAUGAUCAAUAUUAAGACAAAGAAAAUCAUUAAUGCUGACAAGAAUCAAUUCUCGCCGACCAACAUAUCAACCAGUUUAACCAACAAGAUACGUUCGAACGAGAACUGCUUAACACAUGCAAUGCCAAAUAGCUUGUGGUGUCUUAAAUGCAAUGUUUUAGUUUGUCGAGCUUGUGCUAGCACCGAAGAUCAUCGAAAUCAUACUGUGAAGAGCUUGAAUGAAGCUAAAGAAACAAUUCACAACGACAUCCUCUCCGAACUGAUAAAGAUGCAGAAGAAGCUCACCGAACUUCAACAUUUAGUGUUUAAGCAACGUGAUUUUCUAUUGAAGAUUCUUGAAAGUUGCACUACGCUCAAGACACAAAUCGAAACUGAACUCAUCAACCAUGUUCCGACGCUUGAAAUAAGCGACAUUCGUAGCAACUUAUCAAAGGCAAAAUUAACUUUGACACUUCUCGAACAUCAACCAUCGCCAGCUGAAGCUUAUCGUUUGUUCACAAGCUUAAGUAUCGAAAAGCAGCGAUUACAAUUCAAGUGCAAUGAAAUGUUAUUACAAUGUAAACUUGAGGAGAUUGUUCAGAAUUAUGGAUCAUUGUUGGACUUUGAUAUGUUGAAGCAAAUCUCAUCAGCUUUGAAUGCGACCGGCAUUGAUUCAAUUACUCUCAACGAUAAUCAACUCAUCAUGAAUGCGACUAACAACAACAUCAACAACAACAAUAAUAAUAAUAAUAACAAUAACAACAUUUCUUCACUCACGAAUGUAAACAGCAAUAAUUUAAAUAACAACAAUAAUAACAUCAAGAAUAAUAAUUCGACACAACCAACAACGCCGAUCUCAAGCGGCUCGGGAAGUGGUGGUGCUGGUGGUAAUAACAACCCUGCGUCGCCAUUCAAUUGUAAUCAUGCAAUGGCGAACAUGGGCCACAAUAACAUGAUUCUGUUGUUGGCAAAUUAUUGUAUUUCCCAACUCUACUCCCAUCACAUUCUCACAAGUAAAACGAUGGCUCAAGCUCUUGCCACUGCCACCUCAUCGCAGACGACAAAAAACAGUAGCAACAUUACCAAUAAUAAUAUUUUACUUGGUGGAUUGGGAGUGAUUGGAAUGCUGCCAGAUCAUAUGGGCCAACUCUCAAUGCAACAUGAUCACAUUCUCCAUCAUAAAUUCCAAGAAUCUCCUUCUAGUGGAUUCUUGCAAAGUGAUUUACUGGCUAAUAUUGGUGGUCAUAUUGGAAACGGAAGUGUCUCGAGUUUCAUGUCGAGUAGUCGUCAAAUUCAUCAUACGCCGCCUCCAUUAAGUUUCUUACCCGAUCUUAAUGGUAUGGCGUUGCAACAUUCAUUACAUUCCACAACAAAUAACAAUCUUACUACAACAACAACGACCAUCGCAAGCACACAACAACCGACAAUUGCUGCCAUCGUUCAGAAUCCGAGCGUACACGUUUAUCCAAUUUACUUUUUCAAUAUUGAAAUCAAUGGUAGUCCAUUCGGAAGAAUCUUGAUUGAAGUGCGGAACGAUGUCGCACCAAAAAUGGCAAAAAAUUUCGGGUCGCUUUGCACCGGCGAGCUUGGUUUUGGGUACAAGGGUUGCAGUAUCUUUCAAUGUUGGGAAAAUGAAAGCAUAAUUACGGGUGAUUUUGAGCUGAACAAUGGUCGAGGCGGUCGUUCGGUGUUCGAGGAUAGCUUCUUCAUGCCCGACGAUACAAAAAUCUUAGCGAUUCGUGGCUCGGUUGGCAUGCGUCGAAGUCAAAAGCGUCACGAUAAUCUCGGCCUUGUUGGCUCACAAUUUCGCAUCAUUUUAAGAGAGAUGAGAGGAUUUACUGGAAUAUUUGCAUUUGUUGUUGAAGGCUUGGAUCUUGUGGAUAAGAUAAGUAAGGCGGGUGAUUCUGCGGGUAAGCCGCAAAGUAAUGUGAUCAUAGUUAAUUGUGGCAAAUGGCAAUAGUGAGCUUGACUUUUAUUCGAUUCGAUUCAUUCGUUAUGCGUUUUACCUUCGAUGAAAAAAACCGAUUAAGAAAACCAAAAAAACAAAAAAAAAUUAAAACAUUGCAAAUAGUUUUUAGCGAAAAAAAAAGAGAA